AUUUAGUUUAAAUAAUUAGUAGGCUACGCGCGAACAGUCAGGCAGUGACGCGGGCAGCCCGCGGGUCUUUCGAGUGAAUGCGGAAGCGGCCAGAGGUGUAGAAGCAGGAAAACCAAAACGACUGGAGCAGGAUUUCAGAAAACCAAUAUUAUCGCUUCUAUUUUAAUUCCACACAGCCAUUAGACAUUCAUUUAAAUCACCAUGAUUUUGUUGGAAAUCAACAACCGGAUCAUAGAGGAGACCCUCACCCUGAAAUUCGACAGCGCUAGCAACGGGAACAAGCCUGAAGCUGUAGAGGUUACAUUUGCAGACUUUGAUGGUGUGAUUUACCACAUCUCCAACCCCAAUGGAGACAAAACUAAGGUGAUGGUCAGCAUCAAUCUCAAGUUCUUCAAGGAGCUUCAGGAGCACGGCGCCGAUGAGUUGCUGAAGCGUAUUUAUGGAAAUGUCCUCGUGGCACCAGAAGACGGGUACAAUAUUUCACUGCUCUUUGACCUGGAGGCUCUCCCACCCAACAAAGAGGAGAUGAUACACCAGGCAGGCAUCCUCAAGAGAAACUGCUUCGCUUCCGUCUUUGAGAAGUACUUUAAGUUCCAGGAAGAGGGUCGUGAGGGAGAAAAAAGGGCUGUUGUUCAUUACAGGGAUGAUGAGUCUAUGUAUAUCGAGGCUAAGAAAGACAGAGUAACUGUUGUGUUCAGCACGGUGUUCAAGGAUGACGACGACGUCAUCAUCGGGAAAGUGUUCAUGCAGGAGUUUAAGGAGGGCCGGAGGGCCAGUCACACGGCUCCUCAGGUGCUGUUCAGUCACAGAGAACCUCCUCUGGAGCUGAAGGACACUGACGCCACAGUGGGAGACAACAUCGGCUACAUCACUUUUGUGCUGUUUCCUCGACACACCAACGCCAACACCAGAGACAACACCAUCAACCUCAUCCACACCUUCCGGGACUAUCUGCACUACCACAUAAAGUGCUCCAAGGCUUACAUCCACACUCGCAUGAGGGCCAAGACCUCGGACUUCCUCAAGGUACUCAACCGAGCUCGCCCGGACGCUGAGAAGAAAGAGAUGAAAACUAUGUCGGGCAAGACCUUCUCCCGUUAAGGACAUGAUGUGCAAUCACGAGACCAGCAUCUGUGGACUCCAUCAUACACCUCUGGCCAGUGAUAUUGAUCCUCCACCUGUAAAUUGCACCUCAACAGGGAGACAAAUAUAUUCCUUGCUUUGCAUUAAUAGGAUAAAUGUUAUUUGUAUGUCGGAUUUUUGAUACGCUCUUGUGUUUCAUUGCAUAGCUGUUGUCUGACAGUGUUUUAUCGACAUUAGACAUGCAGUAUUCUCCCUUUCCUCUUGCCUUCUGUUUGCGCCAAAUGCAUCAAUAUUGGACAUCCUGGAUCGGUCAUGAAUAAACCCGUCUUCUAUAGAA